GGACUGGCUGACGUCACCCAAAGAGUAGGGAUAAAGUGCAGUGCCCACAGCUUUGGAAUGAGUAAAACUUCUUAGGAGGUAUAAAAGGUCGGCUGCCCUGUCCGGCAGGUGCUCUGCUAACAGCACCCCUCCUCCUGCAGCUCAACUCCUCAAACAGACCCAAGGGAAAAAGAACAGUAACCAAGGAAAAUCUGCCCACAAUGCCACAAAACGUUAUUCUCCAAGGACCGUCGCCCUGGGGAUUCAGGCUCUCAGGAGGAAUAGAUUUUAACCAACCCUUAAUCAUAACCAGGAUUACACCUGGAAGCAAGGCUUCAGCUGCCAACCUGUGCCCUGGUGAUGUUAUUGUAGCUAUUGAUGGUCUAGGCACAGAGAACAUGACACAUAAUGAUGCCCAGGAGAGAAUUAAAGCAGCUACACAUCAGCUUUGUUUGAAAAUAGAGAGGGCAGGAACUAAAUUAUGGUCCCCACAAGUUCCAGAAGAUGGCAGAGCACAUCCCUUCAAGAUAAAUUUGGAAGCUGAACCUCAGGAUAUCAACUACUUUGAACACAAGCAUAAUAUUCGGCCCAAACCUUUCAUAAUCUCAGGCCGAAGCAGUGGAUGCAGCACUCCUUCGGGGCUGGAUUGCGGCAGUGGGCGCAGUACCCCCUCUUCAAUUAGCACGGUCAGCUCCAUCUGCCCCACCGAGCUGAAGGCAGUAUCUAAGAUGGCCCCUAAUGUCCCCCUGGAAAUGGAGCUUCCCGGUGUCAAGAUUGUACACGCUCAGUUUAACACACCUAUGCAGUUGUACUCAGAUGACAAUAUCAUGGAAACACUGCAAGGCCAAGUUUCUACAGCUCUGGGGGAAACACCUGUCAUAAGUGACCCAUCUCCCAGCUCAGUGCCUCAGUCCGACGUGUACAAGAUGCUGCACACCAACCAGGAGGAGCCCAGUCAACCGCGCCAAUCUGGCUCCUUUAAGGUGCUCCAGAAUUUAGUCUCCGAGGAAGAUGGGCGCCCUGUGGGAACAAGAAGUGUGAAAGCACCUGUAACAAAAAUGCCUAGUGCCAUGCCUGGUGCCCAGAAAGUGCCACUGUGUGACAAAUGUGGGAGUGGGAUUCUAGGGACAGUGGUGAAGGCACGUGAUAAAUACCGGCAUCCAGAGUGCUUUGUGUGCUCUGACUGCGAUCUCAACCUGAAACAAAAAGGCUACUUCUUUGUGGAGGGCCAACUGUACUGUGAAGCGCACGCACGCGCCCGCAUGAGGCCACCAGAGGGGUACGAAACAGUUACGGUUUACCCAAAAUGCUAGUCUUAGCUUAACACACAAAUAUAUGCAUGCACACAAAAAGCCUUUACCAGCUUAGAACUGCAGUACAAGUGUCAGGACUUCUGCCUAAAUCCAAAGUAGCAGCUUUUAAACCUUUCCCUGUGGGAUUCUGAGAGAGGCAGAAGUCCUUAUUAGCCAGCAAUAGCGUAUUAUACCAGCAAAAUUCUGCUAAAAUAUUGUUUUUGAAACUGUCAAUAUAACUCAAGGAAGUAUAAACUAAACCAGAUCUCCUGGAAUACAAAAAUGAGACAGCUGAGGUAUUACGUGAAUGCUACAGCUUAUACAGAAGUGCUGUAAUCUAGACAUAAUUUUUACCAUAAAUUAAGUAUUUGUGCAAAUAUCAACACCAUCAAAGUCUUACAGGCUGGGCCGCUACAAAUGAGAAACUUGACGGAUCGUUAGAAAAGCAGCUAUUUUACACAGAUAGUACCAAACAAGCAGUUGUUCAUGUCUGCUAUUAUUCAACUAGCGUUAAUGUACACUCCAAACAUGUUUUGCUUACUUUACUCUGAAUUUGGGGUUAUAUUGCCUUAAUUUUCUGACACAGCAACUGUGAUAAAGAAUAAAUUUCAAGCCACACAAUAAAACGGUUAGUAUAAUAAAGACUGGUUAGUAUGAAGCAAAGCAAAAGUUCUAUGUUGUCUUAAUGAUUUUGCAAUGAUAUCAACUUCCUUAUCACUUUGCAGGAAAUUAUUCUGAGGCAUGCACACACAUAAAUUGGUUUUUUAUAAAAAAGAACCUCACAGUCUAAUAGGAAUUCAUUGUGAAUUGAGAAUGAAAGCAAAUUUUAAAACCUUUCUGCAGAAAAGUAUACUGGAUUUUUGUAUCUCCAUCUUUCAAUUUCCAUAAUAGAAACAAUGGGGAAAUAUAAUCACGAUACCUUCAUUGCUCGUAAAUUAAAGCUUGGACAAUUUUAAAAAUAAACUUGAAUUAAAAUAUGCAAAGGCAAGGUCUUUUAUAAAAAAAAAAAAAAGCUGGUGAAGUCCUAAAGAAUAAAAAACCAAAAAGCUGAAAGAAUACAGGUUUGUAAUCAAUUUCUGAAACUUGUCAAAGACUACAUUGCAUUCUGGUAGGUGCCAGCUACAUAAACACACCCAAAGGGCAAACUAAACUUAGCAUUUUUAAAAAAUAUCAAAACAAGUCAUAAUUUCUUUAUUGGGGUAUUUUGAACUCACUUUAAAGUAGAAAAAUCAACAAAAUUUAAAUCAAGUCCAAAAGACUAGCAAAAAAAUAACCCAGUGACAAACAAUCUUAUAUACUUUUCCCAUUCUAUAAUGUAAGAAGCCUAUAAUGCAAGUAGAAUAUGGAAUCAAAAGAAGUUAUACGUACUUUAAAUAUUUUAAAAAUUCAUGAGUCCCAAAGACUGAAAUACAAUGUCCACAUAUUCAAAGACUUUUCAAAAUGUUUUAAAGUAUUAUUUCAGAAUUCAAAAGUUUUAAAAAUGCAUGUGUCACUACAUUUAUUACUUACUUUUCUACAUCAAAAGCAGGGAUAAAAAAAGUGUUGCACCCUUUUCAAGGUUAGUUCCUAAGUUAUUUUUGGGCACAAAAACAUAAUUCUGCUCCUCAGGUAUCAUGGAGACUAUGUGUAGUAUUAAUAUUUUUCCAUUGGUAAAGCCCAUAAAUCUGAAAAUCCUUUUGAAAAUUAGAGUGCACAUAAUGAUUAUUUUUACAAGCUUAAAAUGUCAUUGGUCUUUUAAAAUGUGUGUUUACUGUUCAUGUCUUUGUGGAGUAACCAAAGGUAAAAAUAAAUCGACUACAUAUGAUAAA